AGAGAUCUGAACAGCAGCUCCUUGCCACACAGCCUCCUGCCAGAGAAUGAAGGAUGUGCGUAUAAGAGAGGCUUUCCUGUCCCGGUCAUUUUCCUGAUGACCAAUUCUGUGAACAACCCCUGUACUUCACAUGGGUUGUCUUGAACUUGAUGGUUCACAAACACUGUGUUCCUCACCAAAGCUACUAGAGUUGAGCAGACAUGACUCCACCAUUAUGCUGCAGAAGGAAAUGAAGUUCAGUGAGCAGCUGAGUCAGGAGGCCAACAGGGGCCAGCAGUGGGACUCAACAAUGGAAAUGGUGUUCUGUUCACCAUGACAACCUAGUUGCUCAGUGCUUGAGUGUGUCUCCCUGGUCUCACUUAUACCAGAGAAAGGGCCUCUUCAAGCUGUACCCUCUUGGCUUCACGUCCCUGAACUUCUGGCUGCUCUGGUUCUCCUCUAACCUAUACCAAAGAGGAUGGAGAGCCAAGAAAAACAGGCUGAUUUUUUUCAAAUCCCCAAGUCAAUGGACUAUCGAAACCGGAACAAAAAAUUCAGAAAAGCCAUGGCUCCUGUUCACCUGCCCUUGUCCUGUUACAAGGUGCCAAAGGAAGCAUUUCCCCCAAGUCCAGAGUGCUGGAGGGUGCAUCCAAGCAGGCCAAACGCAACGCCUUGCCUCCACUUAGAUAAAAAGCCCGAUCUCUUCACACACUGGCGCACCCUCAAUGAGCAACGCAAGGAACGGGAGUCAAAAUCGUUGUUUUGGAAAAGAAGAAACUUCCCAAGGUACUUCAAAGACAGUGCCCAAAUGCCAAACCUCCAUGUCUCUAUCAGCAAGUUGACUUUAAAACCUAAGGAGGGACCAGGGUUGUUAGAUCCCACCAAAGACCCCCUGAAGUGGCAAAGGUUAAAGGAACUCACCAACGGCUUGAACUCCCCACAAGAGGAUGAACAGUGCUAUGCAGCCUACGCUUUAGGGCACCUGGGCAUCAGUAACAAGUUUGUCAUGGAAGCACUGUGGCAGGUGGCUCAAACUGGUUCAACAAAAGUGAAGAACGAGGCCUAUAAGUCCCUGGCCAGCCUAGGUUGCUUGGAUAAGUCUGUGAUCAAGGCUUUCAUCAAACAGUUGAUGGAACACAAGGAAAGUCAAAGGCUGGAGACCCUGGUGGGGCUACGAGUAGCGCUGAACUCCUGGGCUGCUAUGCCUAAGAACAAGCCCGAGGUCCCCUAUGAGGAAAAGCUGGUGCUUCUGCUGCAGAAUCUGAUAUACAAGCCACUGAAUGAAGAAUCCUUAGAGGCAGCCCUGUGCUUGGGGUUCCUGAGGCCCAGCAACAGCAUAGUCCAACAGUUCUUGCUACAAUGUCUGAGUAAAGGGUCCAUGUCCCAGAGGAUGAAGGCACUAAGGAUGCUGGUCAAGAUGAUGAAUGUUCACUCAGCUGCUGUCACCAGGGCCAUUUUGGAACAGCUACACUCUAAUGUCAUUGACGAUCGCUUGGAAGCCACCCAGAUGCUCAAGACUGUUGGGCUGGAAAAGAUCCAGGCACAGGGGCUGGUGAAACUUACAUUUGACUUGCUCAAGAGGAAAAUGUAUAGUGAACCCUUCCAAGUAAUAAGGCAGGCUGUGUCUGAAACCGUGGAUGUGCUCAAGAUGAAGCCUUUAAUAAUGAAACUAAUGGAGGCGCAACUGAUGAGCCCAGAUGUCAGUGACCGUCAGGAAGCAAUCAUCUCUUUGGGUGCCCUGGGGAUCCGUAACGAAAAGGUGUUCCAUUUGCUGCUGGACAUGCUAGAUGCAGAAGAGACCAAGAGUGUGAAGAAGAGCAUACAAGAAACACUACUUGUUUGGGCCUCAAGAAAUCCAUGGAUCCAAAACAAGCUGACCAACAAGGUUUUCUUUGUGUAUGACAUACCGAAGGCUGUGAAGACAGAGCAUACAAGGUUCCGGAAGAAGCCAGAGAGCCCAGAUGACUUGUGCAUCACGGACUUUCGACGGGCUAAGCUGAACCCUUUGUUUAUAACAAAGGCCUACAACAAGCUAGGGGAAAAGCUAGAGGCACCUGCUUUCUCAUUCUAUUUCUCCAAACCGAAAAAGCAAAGGCCACAGGCCACAGGACCUUGGGAACCAAAAAUCAGGGAACAACUCCGGAACAUGGUGUUGCCUCAAAAUAGGUUUCUUUUUUGGCUCUAAUUCCAAUUCUUCCCUUCAGGAUGGUUUCCUGGGAAGAUAGCUCGUUUUUCUCUUUUAUGAAUGAACACUUGCUUGGCGCUUUA